GCAUCCCUGUGACGUCAUUUGUUUUUCCCUAAUUUGUGAAUCACCACAACGAAAUUAUUAGUUUUCAUUAGUUUUCACGGCUGCCACAGAAGUAGCUGCCCCAAAUCACAAUGUUCUCCAGCGGCCCCAACUACAACAAGCUGAAGACCAACCUGCGGUUGGCCCUCAAUCGCUUGAAGCUCCUGGAGAAGAAGAAGGCGGAGCUGACGCAAAAGUCCAGGAAGGAGAUUGCAGACUAUCUGGCCACCGGAAAAACAGAGCGUGCCCGCAUCCGAGUGGAGCACAUAAUACGCGAGGAUUAUCUGGUGGAGGCAAUGGAAAUGGUGGAAAUGUACUGCGACCUGUUGCUCGCUCGCUUCGGUCUCAUCACCCAAAUGAAGGAACUGGACUCGGGCAUAGCCGAGCCGGUGGCCAGCCUUGUGUGGGUGUGUCCCCGGCUGCAGAGCGACAUUGCGGAGCUGAAGAUCAUCUCGGACAUCUUCAUCACGAAGUACGGGCCACAGUUUGCGGAGCACAAUCGCACUGCCACCGGGGAUCACUGUGUGUCCGAGAAGCUGAUGCACAAGCUCACCCUGCAGGCGCCGCCCAAGCUGCUGGUGGAGAAGUAUCUGAUUGCCAUCGCCAAGAACUACAACAUCGAGUACGAGCCGGAUCCACAGGUGAUGCAGGAGGAACAGAAGCCCGAACAGCAUCAUCUAAUCGAUCUCUCCGAUCGGAAUAAUCUCAGUGGUGGGGGUGGCGGCAUGCCUCCGCCACAGAUGGGUUUCAUUGGUUAUCCGGCUGUGCCGCCGCUGCCCAAUAUGCCGGAGCCGCCCACAAGCAAACCCUUCAAUUAUCCGCCAUUUGGUGGUGGUGGUGGGGGAGGAGGAGGAGCUGGUGCCUGUGCUGGCCCACAGCCGCCGCCACCAUUUGCCUACAACAUACCGCCCAAUCAGCCGCCACAGCAGCCAACGAUGCCAUCAAUGGUGCCUGGCAAAUGCGCGGAGGAGAAGGAUCUGAAUACCAAUUUCAUAAAUCGGGAAACUAACAAUACGGAUGAUUCGGGCAGCCCAGAUGAGAAUAUUCUGCGCCCUAAACCCAACAAUGAUCCGCCGCCACGUUAUACCUCCAUUAAUCCCGUCAACCUGCAGAAUGCCAACAAACCGAAACCACAACCGCGCUCAAAGCUGCCACCUGGUCCACCCACACUACCCAGUGCACCGCCUGCCUGCCUGGACCUUCCAUCGCUGCCCAAUGUACCCCUGGAUCUGCCAGACAUUCCCCCAGGGCCUGCUGGCAAGAAGGAGGACGAGGAUGAGAUCGAUUUCGAUGAGCUGUCGCGUCGCUUUGAGAAUCUCAAGAAGCGCAAAUGAAAUUGUUAUAUGUUUAUUCUCGAUCCUGUACUCUGUUUCACAUAAAUAAUCACGUAUA